GGUUUUGAUAGUUGGUGACGAUAAGCUCUAAAUAAAAGUAAGAGAAAGCUUGGACUCUUCCUCCGCUUUGGCUUCCAAGGUCCAGCAACCGGGGAACGACGUCAAGUAGAGGAAAGCCGAUACAUCGCCAUCCAAAAGUUACAGAUUCAGCGAUCAUGAGUGGCGUAGAAAUUGAUUUAAACCCGGCGGAGAAGCUCGAUGGGAGAUCGAUCUGUUCCUUGAUUUGAAGCAGAGGAUGGAUUCAUUCACUUGUUUCUGCUGGAACAGGGGAGGCAUCUAUGAUAUCAUCUCCGGCGAGCCGGAGCCUUUCUCCUUACCUUCCGCCAUGCCGGAAUGGCCUAAAGACGUCAAGUAGAGGAAAGCCGAUACAUCGCCAUCCAAAAGUUACAGAUUCAGCGAUCAUGAGUGGCGUAGAAAUUGAUUUAAACCCGGCGGAGAAGCUCGAUGGGAGAUCGAUCUGUUCCUUGAUUUGAAGCAGAGGAUGGAUUCAUUCACUUGUUUCUGCUGGAACAGGGGAGGCAUCUAUGAUAUCAUCUCCGGCGAGCCGGAGCCUUUCUCCUUACCUUCCGCCAUGCCGGAAUGGCCUAAAGGCAAAGGUUUUGCUAAAGGAAGCAUAAACUUGGGAGAGCUUGAAGUAGUGAAUAUCACUAAAUUUCAAAGCAUCUGGAGCUGCUACCCGUCAAAAAACAAGAGCGAAGGAGCGACUUUCUACAAGCCUGUAGAGAUUCCUGAUGGAUUUUUCUCCCUGGGUGAUUACGGGCAACCCAUCGGCCAACAGUCUCAAGCUUUUCUUCUCGCAGCAAGAGCAGUAGUAGCUAAUUCAAGCGAGGCAGAACUUCCACCCCUGCAAAAACCCAUCGACUAUACACUUAUUUGGUGGUCAGCAAACUGGCAGGAUGAUAACCAUGAUGGAUCUGUCUGCUUUUGGCUUCCAUGCCCUCCCGAAGGCUACAGAGCCGUGGGUUAUGUCAUCACCAAUGAUUCUAACAAGCCCUUCGUCGAUGAAGUAAGAUGUGUCCGAGCUGAUCUCACAGAUACGUGCGAGACUCAUGAACCCAUUCUUUGUCUUGAAUCGAAUGGUUUCGAUAUUCCCUUCACUGUUUGGAAAUCCAGGCCUUUAUUUCGAGGCAUGUGGUGCAAAGGUGUGCCUGUAGGCACAUUCUGCUGCACCACAGAUAGCGAUUUCAAUGCUGAAAUUGAUGUCUCGUGCUUGAAAAAUCUCGAUCCAUUCUUUCUUGCCAUGCCGAAUCUUGAUCAGGUCCAUGCGCUCAUCAAGCAUUACGGACCGACCGUCUUUUUCCAUCCGAAAGAAGGUUACUUGCCGUCGUCGGUGGCUUGGUUUUUCACAAAUGGGGCUACUUUAUACACCAGAGGUGAAGAUCAGGGACAGGCCAUUGAUUCCCUCGGUUCUAAUCUUCCAGCCGAAGGUGCCAACGAUGGCGAAUAUUGGAUUGAUUUGCCCGAUGAUCGUAGCGGCAAUCGUGUCAAGUGUGGGAAUAUCGACAGCGCAGAACUCUACAUCCAUUUAAAGCCAGCUCUAGGGGGAACCUUCACAGACAUCGCAAUGUGGGUGUUCUGUCCAUUCAAUGGUCCUUCCACCCUUAAGGUUGGCCUGCUAAACAUCCCUCUAAAACAUAUUGGACAACAUGUAGGAGAUUGGGAGCAUUUCACGCUUCGAAUAAGCAAUUUCACUGGCGAACUAUGUGGUAUAUAUUUCUCCGAACACAGUGGUGGCGAGUGGGUGGAGGUAUCUGGUUUAGAGUUCAUCGAAGCCAACAGAGCGAUCGUUUAUUCUUCGAAGAGCGGGCAUGCCAGUUACCCUCACCCUGGGACAUAUCUCCAAGGAUCAGCAAAGUUGGGAAUUGGGGUUAGAAAUGAUGCAGCUCGGAGCCAAUUUUAUGUGGAUUCGAGUGUUCGGUAUCAGAUAAUUGCAGCGGAGUAUAUGGGGGAUGUUAUAGUUGAACCUUGCUGGUUGCAGUACAUGAGAGAAUGGGGACCAACUGUGGAGUAUAAUUCGAGGUCAGAAGUAGAUAAAAUUCUUAGCUUUUUACCAGUUAAGCUUAGAUUUUCGGUGGAGAGUGUGUUGGAUAAGCUUCCAGAUGAAUUAUUUCGAGAGGAAGGUCCUACAGGUCCCAAGGAGAAGAAUAACUGGGAGGGAGAUGAAAGAUCUUAGUUUUCUUUUUCUCUUCUGUUGGAGUUUGAAUCUGGAAGCAUAGGAUCAUCCAAAGAGGGCUGCUUCUGGUUCAAACUUUCAUUUGCUUCCCAAUUUUUCAUUCUCUGCUGUAAUUUAUGUCUGUUUGGAUUGGCUUUGUAGUUAUGUGUGUUAAUUCUGGAAUUGUUGUAGAAAAGAUGGUGUUUUUCAAAAUUAUUUCAACUAA